UUGGUACUUCUGACCACAUCAAAUUUAGGCGCGCGAUCGUGCAGCAGCAACACAAGACAAUUUAUGCUAUGUUUCCGUUUGCAUUUUCGGUCAAUGGUUUUAUUUAGGAAACGACAGUUGUACAGGCUAUAAGUAAUAUCUAUCAACAACUAUGUCAGACUUAAAAAAUUUAUUGCGCCGCCUUCAAAGAACAUUAAAUGAAAAAGAUAAACUCGAAGCACUUGAAGAUAUUGCUGAGUAUUACUAUACGAGACGAAAUUACCAUGAUGCACUUAAGUAUUAUGAGGAGGAGCUUGAUCAAGCCCUUAAAUUAAAUUUACCUGAAAAAAUUGCAAAAACACAUCGGAUGAUAGGGGAAUCAAAAUUAGAGUUAUCUGAUUAUGAAGAAGCUUUAAAGCACACCAAAAAAUACUAUGACUAUACUAAAGCCAGUAAGACUCUUCUUGAAGAACAGAGAGCUCUGACCACUUUAGGGAGGACCUAUUUAGUUCAAGCUGACAAUAUGUCAGAUAGAAGCUCACCUCCUGCCGUAAAGGCAUAUGAGAAUGCCAGACUGACUUUGUGGAAAAGCUUGGAAUUGUGUGAGAAGCUUCAGAAUGAGGUGGACACUUCUGAAUUAAAUGAAAUGAGAGCAAGGUCGAUGCUAAAUCUAGGCCUCACAUAUGAAGGACUUCAGGAUUAUGAGGAAGCUGUUCGCCAAUUUGAUAGAGCUAUGAAAUUAUGUCGGAAACAUAAGAUAGAUGGUAUUUUGAAAUCAUGUUGCUGUAGUUGUGCGUCUGUGUUUGUUUAUCUAAAGAAAAUUGAUGAAGCUAUAAAAUUAUAUAAAGAAGCACUGACUGCAAUAAAAUCUUUACCGGAUAAAGAGCGGGUGAAAGAAACUGUCGACAUAUUGUUUUUACAGUCCGAGUGCCAUAUUCUGAAAGAAGAAGUACACCUUGCGAGAAAAAUUUUGCAUAAAGCAUACAAAAUGUCAGAAAAACCUUGCCGUGAGGAUCUUCAACAACGUUUAAAAUUAGUGGCAGCAAUGGACAUACAUUUCAAAACACUUCAAGAUCAAUUGAAACCUCAGGAUAAAUACAAAAUACAUGAAGAAUUAGGUGAUGCUUUUUCAAACUUCAAGAUGUUUUCUGUAGCUCUUAAACAUUAUGAGGAAAUGCUCAAGUUUGGGAAAAUGGCAGAAUGUGAUUUAAAGGCUUGUCUCGUUUCACUUGCUCAAACAUGUAAAGAUUUGAAAGAUUAUAGGAAAGCCCUGUCUUAUUUUGAGGAGGAACUACAAUACUGCAAAACACCAGAAGAUAUUUGUGAAUCUCUUCUUAAUAUACAAGAAAUUCAAGAAAUAUUAAAAAUGUCAAUCUCAGAUCAACUUGAAAUUCUUCAGAGAGCUUUAAACAUAGUCGAAAAACUAGACGAUCAAAAAUUGAAAAGGAAGGUUUAUAUUGAGCUAGAAAAAGCACAAAGAGCUGCACUUCUUACUGAUGAAGCUCAGGAAACAAAUGCAAAAUUGAAAGAACUAGAGGAUCAUUUAUCAGGCUCUGAAUCUGAUGAUGAAGAAGAAAUAGAGCACACACCUAAUAUUGGAGAGUAUAUUGACUGUGAUGCAUUAUCAGAUUGCAGUGAAGACAAUGAAGAGAGAUUAAUAAAUACAUGUAAUGUGACAACUAGUCAAGUAGCAAGACGAAACCCCAAACGCACUAAUCCGGGAAAACCAAAUGAGAAAGGGGAAACAAAGUUGCAUCUAGCAUGUAUAGCUGGGAAAAUAAAUACAGUACGUACUCUACUAGGUCAAGGUUGUGAUAUACAUGCUACUGACCAUGCAGGAUGGACUCCCUUGCAUGAGGCAUGUAAUCAUGGCUUCAUUGACAUAGUAGAAUUGCUACUUGAACAUGGUGCAAAUAUAAACCAUAAAGGAGGCCCGGCAACAGGAGGAAUAACUCCCCUUUAUGAUGCUGCCCAAGCUGGAAACUUUGAUAUUAUGGAUUUAUUGCUUGAUCACAGGGCUUCUGUUUCAGAGUUAACAAAUAAGGGGGAUAAUGCUCUUGAUGCAUUAGUUGAAUUCUAUGAGCGAGGCAAUGCAACUAUGUCAGCAGAGGACAAGCAACAUUAUUUGGCCGUGAAAGACAGGCUGCAAGCAUGCUUACAGAGAGAUGGAAUAUUAUCUAAAGAAAAAAAGAAAGUUUCAAGUGUUGAAAAGAGAGGAAGAGAAUAUCGCAAUGCUCUUACUGUAAAAAGUAAUCCUAAUCCUGCUGGAAAGUUAAGAAGAGCUAUUAAUGAUGAUGAUCUGGAAGAAGUAUCCUAUAGGAAAAGAUCAAUGAGAGAAAUAUCUCCUGUUUCCAACAUUUGCCUGUCAUCAGAUGAUGAAGAUAAUGAUUUCCCAGAUUCGAAUGAAGGAGAACAAGGAGUUUCAGAAUAUAUUAGUGCCAUGAAAAAAUGCGGAAGAAAGGCAGAAACUCCUGUUCCUGAGCCCAUAAAAAAGAAAUUCCAUCAACCUCUUGUGAGUGAAAGUGAGGUGGUUCACGAUUGGUUAGAAGAUGACAUCGGUGAGCAGCCAAGCAAAAAACGAAGGAAGUCAGAUCAAACUUUCAGCUCCUCAUAUAAACCUCUGAGCCUUAAAAAGAAGAGUACCUCAAGACUCUCUUUGAAUAGCUGCUCCUCUAGCCGCUUAUCAAUUUCUUCUAACGAGGCUCGUGAGGAAACUAGAUUAUCCACUGGGUCAAGAAAUUCUGACGUGUACAUAGAAAGUACAUCAAGAACUGUUGAUGAUGAUGAUGAUAUGCAAAUUGAUGGAUUUCAUCAUGAAAUAAAUGAUGAUAGCUGGCUAAAUUCAACAGCUCUUGAUGCUGCAACCCCACAAAUCAGUAAUGCUCGUCAGUCUUCUAUUCUUUCCUUUGGUGUAACACGGUAUCCUGUUAGCCCUGCUCACUCGGUUUCUCAGGCAUCUGCCCCACAAAUUACUUCAGCACCCAACCGUGUAAAUGUUAAAGUGGAAGAUCACCUAUUGGCAAUUUUUGUUCAGAACCCACUUCUCACAUUUGGGUGGUUGGCUAGUGAAGCAGCAAGUAGAUACAAAAAAUUGGAUGGUUGUGAACCAGUUCUGUCUAUCUACUCUUCCGAUGGGGCACUGUACUCGGAAGCAGAUCCUGUGCAAAUGGUUCUAGGCUGUGAUGUUCUUGGCAAAGUUGAGUCGUGGAAGGAUUCGUCCAUUACUGAAAGAUAUGAAGAAGCUUGCACAGUUUUGUCCUCAGACAUGGAAGAUAAAAUUGUGUCGUGCUUAGAAGCUUGCCAAGCUACUCGGAGUUUAGAAAUUGUUGAUAAUUUGUACCCCAGUAACAUUUUGAAGCCCGCCUUUAGAGCCAUAUCAAUGGAGCGAAAUUUAAUGAAGAUUGCCUUGUCAAAUAACAUUCUUGAUGACAAGGGUGUAAAAGACCUUUGUGCCCAUUUGGCAAAAUUGUGCAACUUGAGGGAACUUGACCUCUCAGGGAAUAAUUUGUCUGCUCUUGGUGUCGUUGAGUUGACCAAUGCUGCAAGCAAAGGCUUUCUUAAGGCUCUGACAAGUCUCAAUAUUAGUCAUAACAAUCUUGGUGAUGCUACUUUACCACACUUAGUACAACUUACUGCUUCAACACCACAGUUAGAACAUUUAUUCUUGGCUGAUUGUAUGUUCACAAAAUCUGCUUGGGACAAAUGUGAUACGUUUCUCACACUAAACAAUUUAGAAAGUUUAGAUCUGAGUUACAACCAACUUCAUGCGAGGGGGUUGGCAGGGUUUCUCGGCUUUGCUGAUUAUAAGAAGGAACGUCGGCUGAAUCCAGAAAGACUGAAAAAAUUGUAUCUCCUUGGGCUUCAAGGUGAACGGAUAUGUCAAGAAAUACUUUUAUUCUUGGAACAAGGAAAUUCAAUUGCUCUCAGAGAAUUGCAUUUAUCCUACACCAAGAUGCAAGAUGAGGAACUCGUAUUACUAAUGAGUGUAUUGAGAAAUGCACCAGAACUGCACACCUUGCGUCUCCCAGCAUCAAAAAAUAUAAAAGCUUCUACUGUGUGUGAAUUGCUUCUCCAACAUAAUUGCUUAAAAACCCUAGAGAUUCAUAAUUGCAAAUCUUUGUGGAAAAGUUCCAACAGUACGGACAUAGUUUCUGCUAUUAGUCAUGCAGCUAUGAAUUCGCUUGAGACUUUAACUUUACGAGAUGUGCCAGAAACAGGAAGGGAGGUUUGGAGUAGUAUAAAAGGCUCAUCUUCCAUCGUGAAGAGGAGUGCUUUUGGUCUUUAUAAAUUAUCGUGUAAUGCAAGUAUUUUUUAAGUGUUUUUCUCAUUUUUGUACUGUUCUUAUUUCUGUUUACUGUUAAAUACUAGGCUGUGAUAAUUUCUAGUGGAAGUUUUGAAACUUCUAUAAGGCUUUUAAAAUAUAUUUAUUAAUUAUAUUAACAUUUACAACAAA